UAUUCAUUUUUUUCCCUUAACUUUUUCAGUAAAUAACAGAUGCGGGUGAAAGAUCCAACCAAAGCUUUACCUGAGAAAGCCAAAAGAAGCAAAAGGCCUACUAUACCUCAUUAUGAAGACUCUUCAGAUGACAUUGCAGGUUUAACUUGUCAACAUGUAAGUCAUGCUAUUAGCGUGAAUCAUGUAAAGAGAGCAGUAGCUGAGAAUGUGUGGUCAGUUUGCUCAGAAUGUUUAAAAGAAAGAAGGUUCUAUGAUGGGCAGCCAAUACUUCCGUCUGAUGUUUGGUUAUGCCUCAAGUGUGGCUUCCAGGGAUGUGGUAAAAGCUCAGAAAGCCAACAUUCACUGAAGCACUUCAAGAGUUCCAGAACAGAGCCCCAUUGUAUUAUAAUCAGUCUCAACACAUGGAUUAUAUGGUGUUAUGAGUGUAAUGAAAAAUUAUCAACACAUUGUAAUAAGAAGGUUUUGGCUCAGAUAGUUGAUUUUCUCCAGAAACAUGUUUCUAAAACACAAACAAAUGCAUUUUCCAGAAUCAUGAAACUUGGUGAAGAAAAAUGUGAAAUAGAGAAAAUAAAGAAGGGAUGUCUACCAUUUGUAAAGGGGAUUAUAAAUUUAGGAAAUACUUGCUUUUUUAAUGCGAUCGUGCAGAACUUGGCACACACUUACGUUCUUACUGAACUGAUGAACGAGAUCAAAGAAAAUAGUACAAAACUCAAGAUUUUUCCUUCCUCAGACUCACAGCUGGACCCAUUAGUGGUGGAACUUUCAAGCCCUGGACCACUGACCUCAGCCUUGUUCCUGUUUCUUCACAACAUGAAGGAGACUGAAACAGGACCACUUUCUCCUAAAGUUCUUUUUAAUCAGCUUUGUCAGAAGGCACCUCGAUUUAAUGAUUUCCAGCAACAGGACAGUCAGGAGCUUCUUCAUUAUCUGUUGGAUGCAGUGAGGACAGAAGAAACAAAGAGAAUACAAGCUAGCAUUCUGAAAGCAUUUAACAACCCAACUACUAAAACUGCUGAUGAUGAAACUAGAAAAAAAAUUAAAGCAUAUGGAAAAGAAGGUGUGAAAAUGAACUUCAUAGAUCGGAUCUUUAUUGGUGAAUUAACUAGCACAGUCAUGUGUGAAGAAUGUGCAAAUAUCUCCACAGUGAAAGAUGCUUUCAUUGAUAUUUCACUUCCUAUAAUAAAAGAAAGGGUUUCAAAACCUUUGGGAAAAAUGAGUAAAUGUAGACGUUCACAGGAGACAGGUCAUGAUCAGCACAGUGGCACUGUUACUAUAGAAAAUAUUGAUCAACCCAGAGCCGCCAAGAAGUAUUCUCCAUCUAAAGAUAAGAAUCAAGUAACUCAUGACCGAAAACGUGUAAGAAAAUCGUCUUUUGGAGAAGAGAAGACUGUUGUCAUAUACCGGAAGAGUGAAAAUCUUGAAAUGAAUGAGGAUUCUUUAAUGUUUGCAAGCAUCAAGACUACUGAGUCACCCCUGAAUGAAAGCCCUACCGAUGGCAGUGAAAAAGAAGCCAGCCAUUCUGAAAGUAGUGUUGAUGCUGACAGUGAGGCUUCAGAAUCUGAAAGUGCUUCAAAACAAACUGGGCUGUUUAGAUCCAAUAGUGGAUCUGGUGUGCACACAUAUGGACACGUUUACCAUCCAUCAGCAGGUGAACUGCCACGUACCAACAAGACUGACAGUGGUGAUGGUGGAAUGGCUGAAGCAAUUUCUGAACUUUAUUUGAGUAGCACUGUAACUGGAGAUAGAGAUUUUGACAGAGAAAAUCAGCCACUAAAUGUCUCAAAUAAUUUAUGUUUUUCAGAGGAGAAGCAUUUGAGGUCUCACAGUCCCCAAAAUGCUUUUCAGACCCUUUCUCAGAGCUAUCUAACUACUUCUAAAGAAUGUUCAGUCCAGUCCUGUCUCUGCCAGUUUACAUCUAUGGAAUUACUAAUGGGGAAGAAUAAGCUUCUAUGUCAGAAUUGUACUGUGAAGAAACAGAAGUACCAAAAGGAAACGAGUUUUGCAGAAGAGAGAGCAGAAGGAGUUUAUACUAAUGCCAGGAAACAACUGCUCAUUUCUGCUGUUCCAGCUAUCCUAAUUCUCCAUCUUAAAAGAUUCCAUCAGGCUGGCUUGAAUCUUCGUAAAGUAAACAAACAUGUAGAUUUUCCACUUAUGCUUGAUUUAGCACCAUUUUGUUCUGCUACUUGUAAGAAUGUAAAUGUGGGAGAGAAAGUUUUCUAUGGUCUCUAUGGCAUAGUGGAACAUACUGGCUCAAUGAGAGCAGGUCACUACACCGCUUAUGUGAAAGUGAGAACACCCUCCAGGAAAUUAUUGGAACAUAUCACUGGAAAGAAAAAUGUGUCUGGUAUGAAAGAACCUGAUAGUGAAUUGGCAGGCCAGUGGGUCCAUAUUAGUGACACUUACGUGCAAGUAGUUCCAGAAUCAAGAGCACUUAGUGCACAAGCUUACCUUCUUUUUUAUGAAAGAGAAUUAUAAUUAUUAAUGGUAAUGAUUAUUUAGGUCACUUUUAUUUGAAUGCUGCAAUGAUAACAUAAUAUAUAAUGUGCCUUUGUAGUCUUCUUUAUUCUGUAAGAAUAUCAUGUCCCUCACAUGCUCCUGAACUUUACCAUUUCGGUGAACCCUUUUAAAGUAAAUUAAAUUUAUUCAAUGCUUUCAAAUUUAUAUUCUUAAAAUAAAUGUAAAAACAUUUUUCAAAAUAUUUGUCCUGGGGGACAGAAAAACCCCAGAAUUUACAGUAGGAGAGGAAACCCUUUUAUGAUGUGGUUCAUUAUUAACAAACAUUCAGAAACAACACUGUCUAAAUCAAAUCAUUCCUUAAGACUGUGUUUCCUAAAAUGUAAUACCACCUUCCUGAUCUCAUAUAUAUUCUGUGCCAUUGUAUACUUAUUUUUUAAUAUUUUUACCCUUAAUUUUUUAAACUUAGCCUUGUUUUGAGCAAUAAUAUUCCAUGUUUUAUGUGCUUGUUUUUUUCUAAUAAACAUAAAUACAUAAAUUAAAGAUUGUUCAUCUAUGUACUACUCCACUUAAAAUCAUCUCAGGGCUAUCCAGUGGUAUAUAUGUACUACUGUUUGGGAAACAUUGCUAUAACACAUAAUUAUAUGAAGUAAUACCUAAUAUGGCAUAGUGACCUUGUCAUAUUUUAUAUGAUUCAGCUAUUUUAACACAUUCACUACCAUGGAGUUGUAUUUAACUCACGCUUGUUUUGAGCUCAGGGCCUGGUAAAGCAAAACUGGACAAAACCCUGCAGUUGGUUCAUGAAAAUCUUACUGGUUGU